AUGCCAGGACGGGUCUUGGUAACAGUAAGUUGGAGGCGGAACCAGCUAGCGGUGGAAGAAGUGUAUACUGCCACUUUGAAGAGGAGUUUUACAACCUGUUUAGCAGAUAUAGGAGGCCGUGCCAAAAAUGUUCCCACUCUUUUAGAGCCAUCCUGCCUCUCAACCGACGGAGAUUUCUUAUUCUCUACAUUGACCGAAAAGUGGGCCUCCGUGGCAUCUUGGUUCAUGAGACCGGAGGGUAGAGCUAUACCCCAUCAAGAUUCUGUUCUUCCACCGACAGUUUGCACGGAAAUAAAUAAUUACAUUAAAAAUUGCCAUUUCUCCUUCAUACUAUCACCUUUCAUACGAACGGUAUUAGAAGGAUGGUAUACCCGAGACCAUCCGAAGGAACAUCAGGAUACCCCAUUGAUUCGGAAGACGCUUGACCCUGAUUGGCAGAACAGUGGACUAGGUGAUUUGCGGCGCUGUAGGACACGCGGACUUAAGCAGUACAUUGUGACGAUCUAG